AUGGAUCUCUUCGUGGAUGAGGAUUUCAGUAUGACCGGUAACAUCAGCCAUAACAAAGGACAAGAAAGACUUCAAGGCAGCCAAGGCCAAGGACUAAACCAAAGUGACCCUCUGGAUGUGUUUAUAGGCAUGGAGCUUCUUCAACAUUUCAAACCUCUUUUCCUGCCUCUCUACUGCCUGGUAGUGGUUGUGGCUGGUGUUGGGAACUCCUUUCUGCUGGCUUGUAUUUUGUGUGACAAGAAACUUCACAAUGCCACCAACUUUUUCAUUGGGAACCUAGCAGCUGGUGACCUGCUGAUGUGUUUGAGUUGUGUUCCACUGACUGUAUCUUAUGCCUUCGACAGCCAUGGCUGGGCUUUUGGGAGACCCCUCUGCCACUUGGUUCCCUUGUUGCAGUGUGCCACAGUGUUUGCAUCAGUGCUUUCACUCACUGCCAUUGCUGUGGAUCGUUACAUCGUUGUAGCUCACCCAGUGCGAAGGAGGAUCUCUGUUUGGGGUUGUGGUGCAGUGACUAUAGGUGUCUGGCUUUUAUCUCUGGCCUUGGCUGCACCUCCGUCUCUUUACACACGCUAUCUGGACCUGCGACCCAGUGGCAUCGACAUGGUAGUGUGCGAGGAAUUCUGGCCAAAAAGUGGCAAUCUGCGGCUGCUCUACUCCUGCUUCAUUCUCAUAGCCUCCUAUAUGAUCCCACUACUGUCAGUCAGCGUAUCAUACUGCGCCAUCACUGUCAGCCUAAAACGCUAUUCAGUGCCUGGGGAGCCAUCUAACAGCCAGCAGCGCUGGAAUCAAAAGAGAAAGAAGACCUUCUCUUUGCUGGUGGCCUCUGUGCUGGCUUUCGCCCUGUGCUGGCUGCCCCUGCAGGUGCUGAACCUGCUGCUUGACCUGGACCUAGAGUUCCACAUCAUAGGAAAGCGCUACAUUAAUGUCUUACAAGUCUGCUGUCACUUAGUGGCAAUGAGCUCUGCGUGUUACAACCCCUUCAUCUACGCCUCACUGCACAGCAAGGUCCGUAUGCACCUGAAAGGCUACCUCUGCCCUUGCCGCAAUUGUCCGAGAGGGAUGGUUCAAAGGGCAACAUCCAGGGGCUGA